AUGGCUACCACCAGUGACCGUCAAACGUUAACUGUCUAUGCCGCCAAGGAAGACGUCAAAAGGAAUCAAUCAAUAAUCCUGGACCGAGGGGAUGCUUGGAGAUUAGUCCUCCCGAACGAUGACACUCAGCGAGUCAACGCUAGAGACUGUCUUGUGGACCUCUUCGAACGCAGACCAACGCCCAUCAUUCCUCUUUACGAACGGAUGGAGGAUGCGAUCACUCGAGCAAGAGCUCUCAAGGAUAGAUCCAGGACAGACGGCGAUCGAGUUCAGGCUGUGAACUUGGUAGGACGUCGAUAUCGAGAACUGGUUGCUUAUAGGACGGACAUCCGAUAUGAAGGGCGUGCUCCUCCAAUGGCAGCCUCAGGAAGAGUGUUCCUGAUAUUUGAUACCAUUGAUGCCGUGGAGGAAAAUCGAGGUAGGACCUUGAGACGAAGAGGCGGGAGAGUGAUAGAAAGAUCGGCGAGUGGCCGGCUUCAAGAAAGACGUUCUAGUUCAAGGAAGUGA